AUGAGUGGCAUCCAUAGGUUUCUCACCAGACGUGAGAAGAAAAAUGCCAAAGAAGAGGCAUCAAACCUCCUUUCGCGCCCCCAUUUUCGUGGGUUUUUCUCCUCCGAUAAACUUCCUACCGGGGAUACCAAUGAAAAUCAGAAGAAGGUGAAUACAAAUGGGGACAUCAAGGUCUUAGAGCAACGUGUCGCACAGCUCGGUAUCACUGGCUUACGGACCGAACACAUCAGUUAUGCCCUGCAGUCAGAGCACGCCAAAGGGGAUGUAGACAAGGCAUUCGAGAUGCUCAUGAUUCUUGAGGAUGCGAUCGAGGGGAUAAUAAGAGGAUACACGCCAACCACGAAGCUUCUUGGAGCGGUCAACCGUGAAGGCGUCACUUGCUACCUAGAUGCACUACUCUUUGCCAUGUUCGCCCGAUUGGAUUGCUUCGAGGCAAUUCUCUACAAGUCUUUCAAUGAUGAGCCCCGCCGGAAAUUGUCGGUGCUGUUGCGACUCUGGGUCAACAUGCUGCGGUCGGGGAGGCUUAUUACAACGGACCUUACCAAACAUCUGCAGGACGCCCUUGCUGAAUGCGGCUGGGAAGAUGCGGCCAAGCUUCGCCAACAGGAUACGUCUGAAGCGUUCACGUUCAUCACGGAGAAGCUGGAAUUACCUCUUCUCACACUGAAGAUGGACAUAUACCAUACCGGAAAAGAGGAUGUAACCGGCGAUCAUAAAUUUGUCAAUGAGAGACUGCUAGAAGUUGCGAUACCUGAGCCAGCUGAUGGCGAGACCGUUACUCUGGAAGACUGCUUGGAGUCAUACUUCAACAAUAGGAUCGAGGUCAAGCGGCAUCUGGAGCGGCGUUACACUGUGGGUUCAGUCAAAUCAAUGGAUUCCAUAGCCAAAGGCUGUACGACACAUGUUGAGACCAUUGAGGUCGGCUCACCCUUGUCACCAGCUUCAAGCCAGUCAUAUUCUCCGCUAGACGAUGUCACACCAGUGGCCUCGCUGACGGAAGUGGUCGACUCGGCCCCCCCUCCAUACCGACGGAGCAGCAUCGUCCAGGAACGAUUUAUCCCUGGCGAUGAAAAUGCUCAGGACGGUACGAUGAGCUCUCAAAGGAGAGGCUCGUACAGGAAGGAGGUCAUGAUGCCCGCCUGGCAGUUCUUCAGUCUCAUACCAUGGUAUACGGACAACACCCCGACAAAUGACGCCCAGGUCGCCGCGCACUUUUCUUCGAAGCGACCAAUCCUUGGCAUGUGUCUCAAGCGCUAUUCCAUGACACCCACAGGGAAAGCAGUACGGCUCAACACAUUCAUAGAUAUUCCGACCGAGAUCGGGUUGCCCCAUUUUAUUCAGGAUGAUAGUAUGGAGGAAGAAGGCCCUAUCUACGGAAAUUUCAAGCUGUCUUUGCAGGCAAUGGUCUGCCAUCGAGGUACCUCAGUCGAUUCCGGGCACUACAUAUCAAUUGUCAGGGGUACCAGUGCUGGCGCGCCUCCAGCCAGUUCUCAUGGUUCAGACCAGGAGGCAACCACUUCUGACGCCUCAAGAUAUUGGAUGCGGUUUGAUGACCUGGCAAAAGAGCGAGUAACGCUAGUCGACAUCGAGCAGGCUUUGAAACACGAGUCGCCGUACCUCUUAUUCUACCAGAUCUUGCCUAUCAAUGAGGAUGCUGCGGCAGCCAAUCUGUUCGACAAACCGCCUUCCUCUGAGUUGUCAAUGGAUUUUCGGGAUACAGAGAAUGCCAAUAUGGUGCAGAAACCACAAAACCUAUCUGUGGAAGAUAUCGGUGGUGCUCGCGCGGAGGGAUACGCUUCAGGUCGGCCUAGUUUCGAAAUCACCGGGCCUGACGGUGCAGAUCCUGCCCCUAUGGAUCACAACAGCAGAAAGCAGAGUGUGGCAUUCUCUGAAGUUUUUGAUCCGACCUCGAUGCAGUCAUACGCGCCGACUUCGCCGAGACUUACUCCAAGAGAUGAUGAUGGCAGGGCCUCGUUCUCAUUCUCUCGACGCAGUUCGAGGCAUACAAGGAGCAAUCCAGGCAGUCGUGCAGGGAGCCAGGCAAGCGAGAGCAGAAUUAGCACGACCUUUUCACGAUUUACCGGGCGACGCAGUCGAGAGAAGUUCACCAACGAUGGAGUCUCUGAAGGCGAGGUGGAUGAGUUAACGGAAAAUGAACUGGGACCGACGGAGAAAUUCAGUCCUCCAAGCGGUGAGCGCAAGGACAAAAGCCCCCGACGGACUAGGGACUCCGAGCGAGUUAGAGACAAGCUGAAGGACAAAUCUCGGGAGAAGAUUGGACGGAAGCUCGACCGGGAGUGUGUCGUGAUGUGA